AUGUCGUCGUCUUUGCCUACACUGUGUUUUGACGAGAUAUUCAAACAUUUGUGCGGAGACCUCUAUUCGUUGUAUGCCUGUGCUCUGGUCAACCGCCACUGGUGGCGACAUGCCGUAGUAGAGCUAUGGCGUGACCCGUUCGUCGUCUUCAAGUCUAGAUAUCGUCGAGCAAAGCUUUUUAACUCGCUGCUACUCUUUUUUGACGAAACUAUUUCUAAACCUACUCAUGGACCAUGCCUGGCAUAUCUAAAGAAAUUCAACUUGGCAGAGCUCGUGAAAACGGGAAAAAGCAAGGAUAGGAUCGACUUGAAAUUGAUUAAAGAUAUCUCUCAUGUUAUCGUCAGUUACGGAAACAACCUUCAGGAACUUGAUAACGACCUGGUUGUACCUUUCUUUCAGAAUCGUUUUUACACUAGUCAGCAGAGUUUUGAUGUAUCAAUUUGGAAUUUUUUUGAGUUUCCAAAUGCCAACACUUCUUUUACUUACCUGCAACGCUUGUUUGUCGAUAAUCUGAACGUUUAUCCGAUCCUGAAGGCGGCUAUUUCUGUAGCUCCAAAUAUUAAUGAGAUUAGUAUCCGUAUGUACUGCCGGAAUUAUUGGGGUAGAUGUCACGCCUCGAACUACACCGAUGAUUUGUUUCCUAUAAGUUCAUUAGACUUGCUUGGUUCAUUCACAAAAUUAGAACGUUUCAACAUUAUCGAAGGUCCAAGAACUAGAUGGAGAUCGUUUGAAGCUGACGCAUUUUUAUGUCAAGUUGGUUCCUAUUUUCCUGCGACGAUUAAUCAUUUUGGAUUCGACGUCGAUUGUAAAUUUUCAGUCGAGGCCCUUACAGCACUUCUUGAUCUCGCACCCAAUUUAAUAUCACUUUCAUUUACCAGAUGCACCAAGUUUAACAAUGAACACUUAAACGCCAUUUGUCAACAUAAAGAGAUUCACCUUAACACAUUGUCCUUACCCUCGCGCAGAAAUGUUGAUCGAUUAACCUUGCAACAGGCAAAAAAACAGAUAACGAAAGUUUGCUUCGAUACCUCUAUGUCCUUUCAUGAUUUCAUUAAAGAUUACGAUUCGGAUGAUUCUUAUAUUAAGCGCAAUAAACUUGACUAUUAUAACCAAGCAUAUGACAGCAGCGAUUUUGAAUAUGACUCUAGCACAUCAUACGCCGAACGAUGCGGAAUUGAAGAUGACGAUGGCAAUGAUUUCGAAGAUUUCGAAGAUUUUGAUGAUUAUGAAGAAAAUGAUUACGAUCGUGACUAUUUUGAUAUGGACAGUGAUGAUGACCUUUAUGAUAUAGACGAAGAGGAACUUCAUUUUCAUUAUGAUGAUUAUAUAAACAACGAUCCAGACCUUGCUUAUCACUUUAGAUGA